UUGCCUCCCCUCCGCAGAACGCUCCGUCCUCUCCAAUGGAGGCCACUGCUGCACUCACGCUCUCCUCUUCUCCCGCCGCCGUCCGCCGCUCGCCGUCCCGUCUUACCGUGGCCUCUCUCCACCUCCGCCGCGUGACCACUCCCGCUUACCACCUCUGCGGGGCCCAAGGUCCCGCUGCCUUUCGCGCCCUCGCUUCCCCAUUCCCGGGAUGCAGGAGGAGGAGGAGGGGAAGUGGGAUGGUUGUGAGGGCGGAGAUGUUCGGUCAGCUCACCACCGGCCUGGAGUCCGCGUGGAACAAGCUGCGAGGCGUCGAUCGACUGACGAAGGAAAACAUCGCCGAACCGAUGCGGGAUAUUAGAAGAGCACUUUUGGAGGCAGAUGUAAGUGUGCCAGUAGCAAGAAGUUUUAUCGAGUCCGUUACUGAAAAGGCUGUAGGCACUGAUGUGAUCCCAGGUGUCGAACCCGAGCAGCAGUUGGUGAAGGUUGUGAAUGAUGAACUUGUACAACUGAUGGGUGGGGAGGUAUCUGAUUUAGUAUAUGCGAAAUCUGGCCCAACAGUUAUCUUACUGGCAGGUUUGCAAGGUGUUGGGAAAACUACUGUCUGUGCGAAGCUUGCCUUCUAUCUCAAAAAGAAGGGGAAGAGCUGUAUGCUGGUUGCUGCUGAUGUUUACAGGCCUGCUGCCAUUGAUCAACUUACUAUUCUGGGUAAAAAGGUUGGUGUACCAGUUUACUCAGAAGGAACAGAAGCAAAACCUUCAGCUAUUGCCAAGAAUGGUUUGAAAGAGGCAAAAAGCAAAAAGACUGAUGUAGUUAUAGUGGAUACUGCUGGAAGAUUGCAGGUAGAUAAAGCUAUGAUGAAUGAGUUGAAAGAAGUAAAGAAGGCAGUGAAGCCUACAGAAGUUCUUCUUGUGGUUGAUGCUAUGACUGGUCAAGAAGCUGCAGCAUUGGUUGGUGCCUUCAAUGGUGAGGUUGGUAUAACUGGUGCUAUAUUGACAAAGCUGGAUGGUGACUCCAGAGGUGGAGCAGCACUAAGUAUCAAAGAGGUGUCUGGAAAGCCCAUCAAGUUCGUAGGGCGAGGAGAACGUGUUGAGGAUCUUGAGCCUUUCUAUCCAGAUCGUAUGGCGCAGCGUAUCUUGGGAAUGGGAGAUGUACUUUCAUUUGUUGAGCAAGCACAACAAGUGAUGCGUCAAGAUGAUGCUGAAGAAUUGCAGAAGAAGAUUAUGAGUGCAAAGUUUAACUUCAAUGAUUUCCUGAAGCAAACAAAAGCUAUCGCGCAAAUGGGUUCAUUCAGUCGUAUACUUGGCAUGAUUCCAGGCAUGAAUAAGGUUACUCCAGCACAAAUUCGCGAAGCUGAGAAAAACGUUAAGUUUAUGGAGUCAAUGAUUAAUGUAAUGAGUGCUGAUGAAAGGGAAAGACCAGAGUUACUUGCUGAGUCGCGUGAGAGGAGGAGAAGAGUGGCUAAGGACUCUGGGAAGACAGAACAACAGGUGAGUCAAUUAGUAUCGCAGCUUUUCCAAAUGCGCGCUCGAAUGCAGAAAAUGAUGGCUGGCAUGCAAGGAAAAGAUACACCUGAUAUGGAAAAUCUCAUGGAGUCCAUUAAGUCCGAAGAGCAGGCUGCAGCCGGAGCUGGUCAGCCCAGGAGGAAGUAUGGCAACCUGAGGCGGCGGGAUCUGGACCGGAUGCGCGGUUACCGCCGGUGAGAUGCUCGUCUUGGAGGUGUAGUUGCUGCUGCCGACCUUCCUGUACGACCAGUUGAACCCAAUACGGACAUACAGUAUUUGAGAUGUCUAGCUGCGGCAUGCUAGUAGUGGCAACAUACGUACAUACGGCCUUGCUCUCGUCUCUGUAGCCCGGCGAUGUAUAUUUUCAGUGUAUAAGUUCGAAUGAACCGGGAGAAUUUCUGUUGUCUUCAGAAAUUGCACGGCUUGCUAUUUUCCCUCUUCCUGGUGGUUUGGGAAUUUUGCGCUUCUGCUAUUCCAAAAGCUAGUCAUUGAGAAGAGAGUAGCUAACUGGAAGUUUCAUUGCUGUUA